AUGUCUACUGCUCAGGAGCAGAACGCCAUCAAUGCCGAGGGCUACGCUGGCAUGGACAAAGAGGCCAAUGGUCUUAAUGGUGUCAAUGGCUACGACCAUGCGCCUACCAACCUUGCCCCCAUGAAGCAGCGCAAGCCCUACGACUAUGGCGGCAACCCCCUGGCACACAUCAACACUGGUGAAUCUGUCCGUCUUCCUGCCUUCGGUGGUGAAUUCCAGCCUGGUCUCUACAAGCCUAUCAACGACCGCAAGUUCGCCAACCCUGCACCCCUCGGCCUCAGUGCUUUCGCUCUCACCACCUUCGUCCUCUCUCUGAUCAACCUUGGUACUCGCGGUAUUGCUGAGCCCAACAUCGUUGUUGGGNAAAUGGCUGUUGGAAACACCUUUGGUGCUACUGCUCUUUCGUCUUACGGUGGUUUCUGGAUCGGCACUGCUAUCAUUCUCACCCCCGGUGGCUUCGAAAUCGCCAGCGCUUACGAGGGCACUUCGUUUGACGACGUCUUUGGGUUCUACUUGAUGGUAAGCACGAUACCUUCGAGCCCACUAGUACAUCUAACUAACCACUACUUAGNNGGCUGGUUCAUCUUCACCUUCAUCCUACUUCUGUGCACGCUGCGCUCGACCGUCGCCUUCUUCUUCCUCUUCUUCACUCUCGACCUUGCCUUCCUCAUGCUGGGCAUCUCAUACCUCCAGCACGGAAACAUUCCUUGUCUCAGAGCUGGUGGUGCUUUCGGUAUCCUGGCUGCUUUCGCCGCCUGGUACAACGCCCUCGCCGGUAUUGCCGACACCAGCAACUCCUUCUUCAUCAUCCCCGUCGCUCACUUCCCUUGGUCUGACAAGGGUCGCGAGAGACGCGAGAAGGUUGACAACUCUGCUGCUCGUGCCGCUGAGUCGGUCUAA